AUGACGUCUCAAAUACGUCACGAGAACAAUUACGUCACAAGAACGAAAAAGCGAAAUUAUAAAAUUUCACUUGAAAAUUUUCAUGAAAUACCAGAAUAUGUACUCAAAAGUGAAGGAAUUAAAGAGGAAACUGAAAACGAACAUCUUGCCCAAUUAAAGAAAUUGGAAAACGAUAAAGCUCGAGAAGAAAGUGAACUCGGAAUUGGUCACGUCGUAAAACUUUGGCUCCUACCAACUAGGCAACGAAUUGAAAACGAAGAAAUGGGAAAAAUUGUUAAAGGUGGUCCAGCUGCAAAUGUUCAAUCUACUGUAAGUAAAUUAGGUAAUGUAGAAAGAGAAGAAGAAGCUCUAAAAGCUGAACAAGCAUCUGGAUUUGUUGAAACUGAAUUAUCUGAAUAA